AUGGCGACCACUAAGGAGCAAGAAAUCAACAGAAAGAGAAAGAACAGUCCUGACUUUCAGAUCCCAAUACAAAUUUCUGAACUUGAAGAAGAAGACAACGAUUUUCUCUCUCUUUCUUUGUCUUUUCGUCCUAGUAGACGUCACAGCAUGUCAUCAGUACAACAACAACAACAACCACCACCACUCGUCCCUACUCCGCCAUUGCCACCACCGCCACCACCAGGGCAAGAACAACCUCUACCAUACCACGCAUUCUUGCAACAACCACACCCACAACAAGCCCUCCAGGUCUCACCCUCCCACACUCUCUACGCGUCGCCACCACAUCCUCUGCCAGAUUCACUGGCAUUACCAAUACCACCCAUGGUGAGCCGCCAGGAGGGGGGUCCGUCGCGGCCGUGUCGUGGUCGUCGGAACCCAUCACAAGGUCCGCGAGAGGGGAAGAGCACCACCGUCCCAGCCCCAUUCCCAUGGGCCACAACCCACCGCGCAACCGUGCACAGCCUCAACCACUUACUAUCCAAACAAAUAUCGACAAUCACCGGCGAAGUCCAAUGCAAGCGUUGCGAACAGAACUAUGAAAUGGAUUACGAUCUGAGAGAAAAGUUCAUCGAAAUCGGAUCAUUCAUCGUGGAAAACAAAGCCUCCAUGCACGAUCGAGCUCCGACUGUGUGGACAAACCCAAUUCUACCAACCUGCAAGUUAUGCGAUCAAGAAAACAGUGUGAAACCGAUCAUUUCGGAGAAGAAGAAAUCGAUUAACUGGUUGUUUUUGCUUCUGGGUCAGAUGCUUGGUUGUUGUACUCUUGAACAGUUGAAGUAUUUCUGCAAACACACCAAGAAUCACAGGACUGGUGCUAAGGAUCGAGUUCUUUAUCUCACAUACCUUGGAUUGUGCAAACAACUUGAUCCCAAUGGGCCUUUCAAUCGAAGUUGA